AGUCGUAGAGUGAAAUUUUAUUAAAAAACAAAAAACAAUUGCAUACAUUGAGGCGUUUCUGCCCAGCAGUGUUUUUUUUCAAAUAUUUUUUUCUCCAUCCACUACAUUCCUCAAAGUAGUAAAAAUCAUAGAAAAAAGUCGCAACCCAGUAGUUGUUUCCGCCAAUGUGUGUUUUCCGUACAUGCUUAACAUGCCACUCAAACUCGCCAAGACUUUCUUAUCUACCUUACCAACAGCAACAAGUCUCCUUAAGCUGAAGCUCCAAACACAAGUCCUUCGUCCAGCUGCACUUCGCUUUUACGCGAGUACUUAUGCGAUCGAUUUUAUUUCCCCAUCCCUUCAUCUUGAAAGCUCUCUCGUUACACGCUCGUAGCAAGUGUUUAGUCCAAGCUGGUAGUCAUUAGUCAACGAGAAACCGAUGAUGAAAGAGAACCCGUACCGUCCGUAUUGCCGCACACGGGUUGCGAUACAUCCGUGUGAAGAAAUAAAAAAAAAUAAACGAAGACAGAGAUAACAGGAACAAGAAUGCCAAGAGCUUUUGCUGGAUAAAAGGAACAGAGCCGAACUAACAGCUCUAGCAUCCUGCUCUCGGACACCACUCACUACGGGGUACUCGUGUUGAAGAGGUAAAAAUUUCCUCAUCAACCACAGUCGGGUGGGUGGGGGGUUUGGCGAUGGAAAAGUUUUCCCGCAUCCCUGUGGGGAGGGAUGGUAUCUAUGGGCGGGCGACGCCUUCAUCAUCGCUAUUAUUGUGAUCAUCGUCUUCGACAAUCGUGUCGAUUACGUGAACGGUGAAGCAAAACGGACCGUGCACAGGUGCUGCUCGCUGGUGCAAUCAAGCACCGAUGGAGAAGAAAGCAGAAUGGAGCUUACGGUAGAUCCUUGAACGGAACUUCCAUCCCAUGUCCGCGUGGGUGAGGCGCGUUACGUUCAGCGUAGCGCUUGGAAUAUUAAUUUUCCCUGCAAGCACCACAAAAUAGUUGCGCUGGUCGGUCUCCAACACACAACACUCAACGGGUACAAAUCGAUCGAGAUGCAGCAACUGGUGCCGGUGAGUGUGUGUGUGUGUGUGCUGAGGUGUUGAUAAUACGAGAUGUUUUUCAUCCUUACUCCUUCCAUCCGGCACCAGCUUGGGGUGGUGGGCCAAAGUAGAACAACUUUUCCCAUAAUCAACGAUGAAAUCCCGGUUAAAUGGAAUUCAUGAGCUCCAAAUUGGUGAACUUAAAUUGACGUACUUCUUGGUGCUCUUCACUUUGAAAAUCGACCCGAAUUAAGCAUGCAAUGUUCUUUCUUAUUUUUUCUUGAUUCCUCGCAAACGCUUGCACAUCGAAAAUAGGAUCGAAGAGUUAACAAAAAAAAUUGAAAGAACUCAAACUUUAAAAAACGUAUCUUCAAAACGAAAUGUCAACUGUCGACUUUGAUCGUAAGCUCACAGUAGACUGGUUGCAGUUGAAAAUGAGUUUCGGGGUAUUAGAUGGCAACUUCACCCGGCACGUGACACGUGUGACCAGCUCGGAUGGAUGGUGGAAGAGAGCCGAAGCACAGAGAUCGAAGAGUUGUCACUAGUCUAUUUGCGUACUGCUUGUAAUGCACGUUUCAUGUUCAUGCCCGAUUCUUGAUUGGAUUCGUGGUGGAGUGAAAUGGAAGGAAACUGACACAAGAAAAGGCUGCGGAAAAUUCGUUGGAAGAAAUGGAAGCGACACGCUACCCGCACGCCGUGGAACGUGCAUUUGUGCAUCGGGUGCAACUUUUAAAAUGCAACUCAGAUAGAAUUGCGUUUUGAAUGCAAAGAAAAUGACAUUCUGUUGCACUUUGGGUUCAUUAAUUAUCUAGCAGCUUUUGGAGAAGUUCUACUUAAGUGUAAUUAUAAAACGUGCGAUGUAUCGAGACAGUUAAAAGCAACGAAUCAAUCCUUUCUACAAACGCCGAACAAAUCCUUCCAUUAUAUUGUACUUCAUGUUUUCUUCUUAAAUCUCUUUCACCCUGUCCCCUUUGCUUGAUGGGGUUAGGAAGUAGAUUGCACACUUCUUGGACGAUUCCAUGUAUGUAAACGACAUGUAGAGUACUAACAAAUCCGCCAACCAUAAAUCCUUCCACUUUCAAGAACUCACUUGCUUGCGAAGGUUUGGAACAAUUGGAAAUCUCCGCGCGAAAAAGGAUUGCCAAAUGGUUCGCAACGAUCGUACGACGGUCGUCUAACCGAUUGAUCCGAAACGGAUGAAAUAAAUCUGUUUACCAGGAACAUUCAAUUCCGUGUGCAGCGCAAGCUCACGUACACGUACGGCAACACGGCACGGCAACAAUCGUCUACUGCUCACGGACCCGAUCGUUGUAGACUUUGUUGAGCAGCGCGUCACCCUCCCCGAAAACAGAGAGGCAAACAGUCCCGGUAUGCAGAAGUGCAUCGGUUCGGUACACAGUUUCGGAAGUUAUUGUCGAGAAAGUCCUCACACUCUCGAGCAAGGUGAGUCAUAUUCCUGCUUGGUGUCCUACCUAGUGUGUAGGGUUUUAAAAAAAAAGUAUCCCCAAUCCCAUCGGGUGCCAAUCUACAUCCGUACGGGAAGCAGUUAUAAAAAAAAACAGAAUCGAGAGAGCCAAAACAUUAAAUCGCAAUGGCGAACCAAACAUACGACUCCGAUUGGCAACGGUAAUAAAGAAGGCGAAUAAAAAAAACAGUAUCCAACAAAACAAACAUCGAAAGAAAAACAUCGACAGCGAACAUGCGAAGCACCGACAUUCGAACUCUGGCUGAGUGCAAAGUUCCUAUCGGUGCCGUGGUCCUAGUUACUCCUCAGUAGACCACAUUCGGGUUUUUUUUUGUGCAGGAAUAAAAGGCAAAAGGAAAACGAAUUGGAAAACUGAAAGCGGAGUGAAAGCAAAUAUUUGAAUGGAGUUAAAUUCACGGUUGUUCACCGAGAAAGAUGAUUGUAAAGUAUGCCCGGAUCUCCGCGUGUGCUUCCGGGGUGUUCCUUCCCUUCGAUCGAUAUCCCCAUCACACUGCUGGAGUACAUUCUUUUGGAGCUUGUUCUUUUUUUUGUUGCACAUCCCAUGCUACUUUACCUUCCUUUCCACCCGGGUUUUCCCAUUCAGAUUCCGACUCUGGACAACAAAAGCAUCGGUUGCAACAGCACUUGAUCAAUGGUGCCGUUGAUUAUUCCUCUGGAUGUGCUUUCCAGCCCGAUAUUCUCUCCACCGUAUCCGGAGUGUUUUUUCUUUUUUUAUUGAGGAAUGGAAAGGAACGUGCUUUCUUUGCGUUCCAUUCCCACCGCUGCAUCCGGUGUGAUUGGAGUUCUCUAUCUAGCUAUUCCACGACUAGUCUACCCUGGAUGCUGAAAAUGGCUCUAAAGGAUUUCUUCCCCCUUUUUUUUGUUCAGUAGUUCCAUUCAGCUGUCGCUAUCAUCUUCAUUCGUAUCCUCUCCAUUCCGAGCGGAUGAGCAAAUAUACAUCCCGCCACACAGCCACACACACACACGCACACACAGGACGAAUUCUGAAGCUUUUCACGUUUGAUAUCCUGUUGCUGUACGGCGGAUGAUGGUUCGGACCGGUCUGGUAGGUGUGGAUUUUGUUUGUUGGAGAAGAAUAUAGACUUACUACUUUUGAAUGAUUUUGAUUAACGGAGUCCAAUGAUGAAUGUAAAGGGAAAAAUUUCAUUUUCUUUUGCUACACAACCGACGGUAACCUCUACCUUUAAUACAUAAUUUGUCUACUUCCCGUUCGGGUGUUUUGCCGUAAUGCCGGAAGUUUGCAAAUAAUGUUAUCGUGUGUAAUGAGGAGGAUGUGUUGUACUUUUGUGUGUAUGUCGACUUCACGUAACCGAAUGUGGACGUAAGGUUUACACUCCCUUACAAAUGUACCUUAGCACCAUUCAGCAUUCGUAGACAAUCUCUUUUGUAUUUUUUUUUGUGUUUCAAUUCUUUAUUUUUGUGUCCUGUAUUUUGCUGCAAGCAUUCCCUGGGUGCUUUCGAACAGUAGAAUACCUGACAGCAUCCAUUCCUGGAACCAUCCAGGGAGGAUGGCCCAAUGUGCAGCACGCUUUUGCCGCUGCCAAUCGGUACCUAAAUGGAAAGAUACGGCCGUUUUGCCGCUUUUGCGCUGUGCUUUUGUGUCUUUUGAAUUCAUGCUGCAUAAAGCAUGGCAGCAGCUUCGGCUGUGUGUGUGUGUAUUGGGUACCAGUGGUAUGCGACAUUUUUGCAUGAUGGCAUUUUUGUUUGCAUAUUUUGAUUUUUUUUUUGCUUUAGGUACGACGAACGAAAUGGCUAUCGUUUCGCAGUGAAUUGUCACCCGUACGAGUGGAUCGUUAUUGCUGUUGGUGUUGCCCGUGGUGGAAACUAUUCACAACUGCAGCGGAAGGAUUUAUAGAACCAUGGAGAAUAGUGUGUGUUUUGUGAUGCAACUGCUUAUGCUGCAUUUGCUCAGUAUUGUUGUCCUUAUCCGGCUGUUUUUUUAAAAUGUCACUUGUUUUGCCGAGUGAUUUUUUUUUCAACCCUGUCUUUAAAGACUUUUGCUCUACACCUACAGCACAUUGUUGCUGAAGUCAGUCACUAAAGAAGACAUUAAUCUCGGCCUAUAUCUAGAAAACUGCAUAUCGGCUCGAUAAGUGGUCUAGACAACGUGAAAACAGUGAAAGUGUGACCCAUGAGAAAGCGGCCACAUAGUUGUUCGCGCCAACCGGGCGCGUUAGUCGAUAAUGUGGUAGGCAAACAUGAUGCCUCAACGAUUCUCAGCUUCCCGAAUGCGUGACUUUAAGUUCACUCGGGCAUCCCGUCGUUUCGUUCUCACUUGUUGGAACCUCACGUGUGAUCUGGCGUAUAAUUGCUUUCUUCACUUUGCACCAACCGGAGUUGUGUGGAGAUCUACGAGCGUCGAAGUGCUGUUCGAUGCCAUUGCAGUGGCAGAACGCAUCCGGAACAGUUGUAACGCGAUACAAAACGGAUUGGUUCGUUAGGGAAUUUUGAAAAAUAGAAAUGAUCGUUUAGUGAGAGGUAAACGAUACGUAAACAAAGCGAGUGCAGGAAGAGUGAUUUUACUUUAGCUUCCGUUUGGAUGAACAUUUUGUGUGUUUAGUUGAAAAGGAAAUGGCACAGUUUUAUGCAGCAAAUGUGCUUUCGAUAGUGUUGCAUCUGCUGCUGGCUAACGCACAACAAAUAUCCAUAGAGGAAGGUUGUCCAAAAGCUACUCGUCCUCAUAUGACACGUUGUGAUCAAUAUUAUCGCUGCACAGUACUAUCCAAAGAUGCACACGUUUGGGUUGCAACCCAGUGUCAGAAGGGACUCGUAUAUCUGCACAAUCUCGGCACAUGUGUCGUACCAGAUAACGAUUGGGAGUGUGAUGUUUCGGCUGAAAAUGAAAAAAAUCACAGCGAAGAAAAUGUGUACGGGAUCGACAAUCUAAACGAACCAUCAUCAGCUGAAGAGCAGUCGAAUGAAGUAACAGCUUUUGCAACGUCACAAGAGGAUCGGACGAAAUCGUUCAGCACCACACAGAUCGACCAGAACGAUAUUGAAUCCAGUGGUGAUGGAAGUCCGGAACGUGUAAAUGAUGAACUUCAUACAGCAACUACCCGCACGACCAACACCUUUAGCACUAAAGCUCCCGCUCGCAUAGUGACUCCAGCAAUAUCGCCGGGAAGUUUAAAUGCAUCACAGCUGGACUCGUUCCUGGCCUAUUACGAUACGCAGAAUGCGCUAAAGCUCCAACCAGGGCAAACUGCUCCCAAAAUGGACGAGAAGAACUAUCUCAAUCAUCUGAAACAGAUCGUGAACCAACAGAAAGAGUUAAACGAAAUGGCACGAAUUCCUAGCCACACGGAUCCGUUCUCGUACGAAACUGUGCCGGUACAUCAGCUCAGUAAAAAGAAAGAAGUGGCAAUAGACGAGCCUUUAUCGAAGCUUAAUCUUUCACCUGGAAUGCAGGACAUUAUAAGAAGCAUUCUGGACAUUUCUCAAAAAGCGAUUGAGAAUCAAAAAUCUCCUGUUACUUCUUCUGCUUCAGCUUCGGAAGUGAAAGAUCCAGUUGUGAAACCUAUAUUUAUACCAAUAUCGGUAAAUCCUGUUCCGGCACCGAAUGUACAACCGCCGACGACUACUGAGCAACCGUUCAAAGAUCGUUAUCCGACUUCAUAUGGUUCGGGUUUGGUUGGUCAACAUAACUUGGGACCGAAUACGGUUCACAAUAGCUUCAGAAUUCCCAACACGAAUGAUACAACGUUUAACGAUUUUCCACAGCAAGUGUUGUACGAUGCUUACGGGAAUAGGUAUGUGCCAAAGGAUGCAACUUAUCAGUCGAUGCCAUUAAGCUACCCGAAUGCUGUCUAUAACCCUUACCUGACUCGAUCGCCCUUAUCAUCCCAAUUCAUGAUCGAUUCUCCUUCGGGAACAUUUUAUCCUAGUAAUAGCCUCACAUCAUCACUACGAGUGCCACCUUCAAGGUUUGCCGAUACGCUGUCAUACUUUCCCAGUUUGAGACCAUCAUCGCAGAGAAUAAAUCCUUUGGUACGGGAUUAUGACCGAACCGGUGACAGUAUCGAUCAAGUGAAGUUACUCGAAUCAAUUGAAUCCCUUGAAAAUGACAGCGGGCAUGAUGGUAGUUUGGAAAAAGAUUUACCACUGCGGGACGUGAAUCGCCACACGGUGGACUUGGAUGAUGAAGGUUCCGAGGAGGAUAGUUCACACGGUGGUGCGGAUAGUACGGAAACGAAGUAUAAACGAAAGCUUUUUACUCUCGGCGACACAACGUUCGAUUACGAGCAGUACAAGGACAGUAUGCUCCCAUUGGUCGAUGCCAAUCCGGAUGAUGAACGAAUUUCCGUUGUGCUGUGCAUGGUCGGUAGUCGACAGCCAAAUAAUACCGAUUGCUUCAGGUACUACAUCUGCAACCCACAUAAUGGUGUAUUCCAGUCGUACACCUGUCCUCCAUUUACGGCGUUCAACAAAAAAUCUCGCAUGUGUGAUUUAAGCUCGUACAAACAGUGCAAGGAGUUGAUGACACCACCGGCUCCACCGCGAGCACAACUAAAAUCGCGCAAGGAACCAUCCUCAAAUAAACGUGUUAGCCAGAUCAACCAGAUCAAGCAGGAACUACGGAAGGCACAGAAGUACGUCGAACUGAUAAGACUCGAAGCGAACAAGCUGCGACUUCACAACAGCUUACCUUCACCGGAAGGUCAGAAAGUAAUUUUCCUCCCAUCGAUGAGUGGCAAAACGACGGUUGGUGACCACUUGAAAGUGAAACAAAAGCAAGUUCCCAUAAAAAAGAAGCCGGUAACGGCAAAACCGGCAAGAAAGGUACCACGGUGCCGGCUAGAAGGACGUAUGCCGGAUCCAAUGGACCAAAGCAACUACUACGUCUGCCACCGGAAGAGUCCGAACAAGUUCAUCAAGCUUAAGAUGGCUUGUCCGGCUGAUCUGCUGUACUGUGCCGACACGCAGUACUGUACGCUGCGUACCAAUUGCUGAGGAGGAUUUGUUGGAGGAAGCGAUACUUCUUAGGAGUACAUUAUUUAUUCGACAUCAAUUAUUUAUUCAAGCUGCGGAAGGAGAUAUUAAAGAUGUUAUGUACAUGUGUAAGCCAUUUUGAAAGUGUCCGUUACAUAGAGAGAAAGAAAAAGUUUCAGUAGAUAUCACAGCAUGAAUGCUUAUCGUACUCGGCAGUCAUUUUAGCAGAUGUGUAAAGAAAAACUAUCCCCAAACAAUGCGUUGACUUUUUUCUAGUUUGCUUUUGUGCUAAUGUCCACUGGUACCGAUAGGUUGCAGUUAUUUUUACUGUCCUGUCGCUAUUUUUCUUUACACAAAAAUGUCAUAAACACACAACUUUCCACAGUGUAUGUGUAUGUGUAGAUUUGUUCGGAACAGAAGCGACAUUCCAUUGUCAGCAAGCGCUGCCUAAGCUUGGUAACCGGUGGAAGUAACGACAGUGGAAAACAAUUCACCGAACACAGAUGCAGCUCGGUGCAGAUUGCAAAUGCCACUCGGGAAAUUGAACCAAAAACCCCAACCCCACUUUUACCGUCUGCUCUGGCCGCCU